AUGUCCGACGCAGCGUUGAAGCCCGAGAAGGACUUCUCGAAGGAGGUCGACAAGCAGCUUCCAGAGGCGGAGACUCUGGCAAAGACCAACCUCCAAGAAGCAAUCGAGAAGCUCUCCGCCUUGGAAAAACAGACUCGCCAGGCCUCGGAUUUAGCCUCAACAUCACGACUACUAAUCGCCAUCGUAUCCUUGUGCAAAAAUGCGGGAGACUGGAGCUUGAUGAAUGAGCAGACGCUCAUCCUUUCAAAGAAGCACAGUCAGUUGAAACAAGCCAUCACCAAGAUGGUGCAAACCGUAGUCGGCUUCCUCGGCGACACCCCUGAUCUCAAGACGAAGCUUUCUGUCAUCGAGACACUCCGAACUGUCACAGAAGGAAAGAUUUUCGUCGAAGUGGAGCGAGCCCGUGUUACCAAGAUUCUAUCGGAUAUCAAAAAGGAACAGGGCGACUUAAAGGCGGCGACUGAAAUCCUAUGCGAGUUGCAGGUUGAGACGUUUGGUUCCAUGGACAGGAGAGAAAAGACAGAGUUCAUCCUCGCGCAAGUUGCGCUCUGCAUCGAGAGCGGUGACUGGACACAGGCUGGCAUUCUUGCCCGCAAAAUCAGCACAAGAUAUCUGGCCCGAAAGCCCAAGAAGACGGCCGAACAACUGGAAAAGGAGCAAAAGGAGCUGGAGAAGAAGCGAGCCCGUGGCGAUGAAGUAUCUGAAGAGAAAGAGGACGACACCACAGACCUUAAACUGCAAUACUACGAACAACAAAUCACCCUGGCGAAGCACGACGGCAAAUAUCUAGAUGCUUGCAAGUUUUACCGGCAAGUGCUUGACACUGAAGCCGUCGAACAAGAUGCUGCCAAGCUCCACCCCAUACUGCAGCGUGUGAUUUACUUUGUCAUUCUCUCGCCAUACGACAAUGAGCAACAUGACCUGCUUCAUCGCAUUCACAGAGACACCCGAAACUCGCAGGUCCCGCAAGAUGCUGAACUUCUUCGGUUGUUCACAGUCCAGGAGCUGAUGCGAUGGCCGGCAAUCGCCAAGGAGUUUGGCCCUCGUCUGUGCGGCACCGACGUAUUCGAUGCGCAGGCAGGCCACUCAUCACAAGGAGAAGCUCAUCAGCGGUGGCAAGAUUUGCGAAAGCGAGUUAUUGAGCACAAUGUCCGCGUUGUGGCCAAGUACUACACUCGGAUCCGCAUGAACCGUCUGACGGAGCUUCUGGAUUUGACCGAGGAUGAGACGGAAAAGUACAUCAGCGAAUUAGUCACGUCCAAGACAGUUUAUGCCAAGAUUGAUCGACCAGCACGAAUCGUCAGUUUCGCCAAGCCCAGAGAUGCAGAUGAUAUAUUGAACGAAUGGAGCCACAACAUGAAGAGCCUUCUAGGCCUGUUGGAGAGAAUCGACCAUCUAAUUACCAAGGAGGAGAUGAUGGCGCGCAUUCAGCCCACGAGCGCAAAAUAG